CGUCUCUCGCUCACCAUCAACCGCAGGUGUGCUAAGAAAGAACCUAGUUGACAGCGGAUCUCUGCUGAAACUGCCAUGAAGCAUAUUGUUGCAACAGCGUUUGUAUUUGGUGUCCUGGCUGUAACAGCAUGGGCAUCUACACUUCACGAAGAUGAAUCCAAAGUUAGGAACUCCUUGGAGGCCACUUCGGACGAUAGCGCAAAUGAAGCCAUUCUGAUUGGUCAGAUGCUACGCCACGUGGCAGAUGAUCUGGCGCAAGACAAAACAUUUCGCCUUGAGCCGGAAGAGUAUUCAUGGCGUGGCUUCUGGACCAAGUUCAAGUCAGCAAUGAAAAAGGCAGCAACGAAGGCCAAGACCGCUUUUAAAUUCGUCGGAAAGCAUGCUAAGGAGUCGGUCAAGAUCGUCGCCAAAGCCGCUGCCACCGUGGCCAUUCAGAAAGCACAAGAAAAACUGAAAGAGAAGGCCGUGUCACUUGUUGCAAAAAUUUUCGACAAAGCGAUUGCUAGCUACGCAGUUGAAGAUGGUGCAAGUGAGGCAGACUUCGUCCAAUACUUCUGUGCGCGCUUGGACCAAGCCGGACAGCGACUUAUCCGUCAAGGAGAAACGCUGAAAACGCUGUAAAAUAUGCUCCGUCCAUAAAUUAGGACACAUUUUUUUCCCAAUGCAGAAUGUUACGAAUACUACGGGCCUUUGGUCUUUCUUAGCUUUCUUGUGUAUUUCCCUCGCCUCCUUGCAUAUCAUUUUUAGUGACCCAAAUGAGCGUUCAUUUUGUUGGGCGAAAUACCUAUUAUAGGUGGUCGUCUAACUGAUCGUAAAUUUAUUAUUACACUCGAAAACUGUAUGGCACAGUUCAAUGUCAAUACUUUGCCAUACAUUUGCCCAUUUAAUUUUGCAGUUCCUAUCCGUCUGGUAAAGUCAUAUCUUGCUUGCGCUUUAGAGCAGUAAUGUUAACGAAUGCGUUUUCCCCGGGCGAUAACUGUUUAGGCUGCUCUCAAAUCCCUGCGUAUAAUUUUCGCACACGCAACACAAUAAUAACGUUAUCGCAGUGACUUUCAUAUAGUUUCAUAUUUAUUAUAUGCGUCAUCAGCUUCGGGUAUUUGUCGCCAACCAUGAACUGCACUCUCGUGUAAAAAGCAACGAUAAGCGGCUCUAGUACGAAGCGGUGUGUGAGCGCCUGCUGCUCACGCAGGAGAAGCCCACACACAUGCUGUUUCGUUGGCAUUUUGUAAAGGGUCAGUUGAUUUGGAUAGCCCAGCCAUGUUCUGGAAGGCGGCUGACGUUUCUGAAUGGCUAUUUUGGGCUUUCGUGAUAAGCAUCAGAAUGCUGAACUUUCCUUCAUCGUUUUGCGUCUCUCGUGCAUGUCAUCAUCAUCCUUCAUUCAGCUAUUGGGUCACUGUGCAGAGAAGCAGGCUACGGCACUACGGCUCAGGCAGAGCUCUAUGCCUUCCUUCGAAUAAACUAUCUCUCCUGCCACUCUCUUGAGCCUCGUACAUUACUU